GCGUUCCGCCCCGCCAGCAGGUGUCGCCUUCCCAGCGGACACACACAAGAUGGCGGCGACGGAGGCAGCGGGCGGCGGCUGUGAGGGGAUUCUGUGACGGCGCCGCCAUGUUGGUGAGGGCAUUAACGGCGCCCGGGCUGCGCCGGUGGUGCCAGGGCCAGCGGGGCGCGGCCGCCGCCUGUUUCCCGCUGGGGCGGGCGCUGCUGGGCGUGAGGGGCGCCGAGGCCGCCGUGUUCCUGCAGGGGCUGCUCACCAAUGACGUCACGCAGCUGGUAGCGGAGGGCGACGCCCCCACCGCGCUCUACGCGCACGCGCUGAACGUGCAGGGCCGCUGCCUGUAUGACGUCAUCCUGUACAGGCUCCACGGGAGCACAGCAGAGGAGCCUCACAUCCUGCUGGAGUGUGACAGCAGCGUGCUGGACUCCAUCCAGCAACACCUGAAAGUCUACAAGAUCCGCAGGAAAGUCACCAUCGCCCCCUGCCCUGACCUCUCCCUGUGGGCUGUCCUCCCUGGGGACACCGGUUCCCUCCCAAAAUGUGCAGACCAGGCUCUGCUCCUAACCCCUGACCCCAGGGCAGAAGUCAUGGGCUGGAGACUGAUUGCAAAGAAAGGAGCAAAUGUGUCAGAGAUUAUCCCUGGGAGCCAAGUUGGAGACAUUCAGGAUUACCACAGGCACAGGUAUAAACAAGCUCAGCCUAGCCUCCACUCUAGGCCAGAUCACACAAGGCACCACCCUGCUGCCUUUGUUCUCUCCCUAGGAAUCCCCGAAGGGGUGAAAGAUCUCCCCCCUGGAGUGGCCCUCCCCCUGGAAUCCAACCUGGCCUUCAUGAACGGCAUCAGCUUCACCAAGGGCUGCUACAUCGGGCAGGAGCUGACGGCCAGGACGCACCACGUGGGCGUGAUCCGCAAGCGCCUGCUGCCCGUCAGCUUCCCGGGGCCCCUUCCCCGUGCCGGCAUUCCUGAGGGUGCCGAGAUCCUCACCCAGGCAGGGAAACGUGCUGGGAAGUUCCGUGCUGGAGGAGGGGAGCUGGGCAUAGCCCUGCUGAGGCUGGCUCACCUCCACGAGCCGCUCUGCGUGCCCCUGGCAGGGGACAGGGUGGAGCUCAGAGCCACCACACCCGAGUGGUGGCCCAAAGGUGCUGCUAAGUAGGUGAGGGAGCAGCUUAGGGAGAGGUUGGGUUGGGGAUUUGGGAAUGCUGCUCUUCAGGGGAGGGGUCUUGCAGGAUUCCUCAAAUUGGGAUAAACAGCGGGAACCCAAAGCUGUGGCAGAUCACUGGGGUGGAUCUGCCGUGGGGAGAAAAAUCCAGGGAAUUGCAGCUUUUCCUGAGGGUAAGCCCUACUUUUUUAGGGGUGCCUAAAAAAGUUGUUGGGUUGGACCCUAUUUAGGGGGUGCCCUGUGUUGUUGGGUUGGACUUUGGAUGGAUCUCCAGGUCGACACUCACUCCCUCAGACUGUGCUCUCCCAAGCAAUGGGAUCAGGAGUUUCCCUGUUCCAUGCACUGAUUUUUUCAGUUCAGAAUAACCAUUCUGAGGUAUUAUAAUUCUGUUAGUUUAUUUUUUUUUUAAUGGAGGUCAUGCUGCUCUUAUUAAGAUGUAUUCUCAGGCUGAAGUUUUUUGCUGCACAUUGCUCCUUGCAUUGAGCUUCUUCAACUUGCUGAUGGGGCUGGUGUUUCUUCCCACCACUGGAAUUGUGUUCAAAAAGAUGAACAUCUUGUGCUUCACCUGUCAGACCUUGAUUUUAACUCAUCCCAGCUGGGAAAAAAAGGUCUCAAACCUCCUGUCCUGUCUCCUGCUUGGUGCCAGUGGAGGGAGCAGGCCAGUUCCUCUGACUCCUUUCACUCAAACCAUUUUUUGGGAGAAGAAAAGGAUAUUUUUAGUGCCACCUAUGCUGGCCUUGCUGAGGAAAGAUUUUCAC